AUGAAAACCUUGAAAUUAUGUCCACAAUUAACCAAAGACUAUAUUUCAUUUUAUGAGAACGAAAAGACGAGUGCGGAUGUCAUAAUUCGCGUAGGAAAGGAAGAGAAUGUUAAAGACUUUCACGCACAUUCCUUCGUCCUUGUUGUUCGAUCUCAAUACUUUCGUAAAGAGAUUGAAAGGAUGAAAGAUAAAAGGAAGGACGAAGAAGGGGAGAAGGGGAUCAUCAUCGAAAAACCCGAGGUUACCCCAUCAUUAUUCGAGUUAAUCCUGAAAUAUUAUUACGGAGGGAACCUUUCGUUUGAUGAGAAUAAUUUCAAAGAAACUUUUGGUUUACUAUUAAUCUCGAAGGAAUUAGAAAUCAUCGAAUUAUUGGAACUAUUGGAGGAUCAAUUAUUAAACUCACCGAAUCAAAUUCAUCAAAAUUUUAGUACCACACUACAAUUAUCAUUGGAAUCAUUUAAUAAACUUUAUGAAUUCUGUUUGAAGACGAUUCAAGAACGACCCGAGAUCAUUUUUAAAUCCAAGGACUUUCACUUAUUAAAUGAGGAUACGUUAUUCACCCUCUUGCAAAAUCAAGGAUUAACUAUUAAAGAGGUUGAGAAAUGGGAAUCCAUCAUCAAAUGGGGGAUUCAUCAUAGUUUUACGACACCUACGAUUGAUUAUAACACGAGAAUCCCGGAUGUUACGUUGUGGACAAAGGAUAAGUUUAGAGAUUUGGCGAAUACGCUUCAAAAGUUCAUUCCGUUGAUCGAUUUUCAUAAGAUUGAACCGGAAAAUUUUUAUGAGGAGGUCAAACCAUUUAAAAAGAUUAUUGAUAAAUCACUUUAUAAUGAGAUACUUAAAUAUUAUAUAGUGUCUUCCAAAAAAUCCAAUGUGAACAAUCCUAAACCGGAGGUACCAACCUCAAACGUUCACAUAAGGUUAAGUUCGGUAUUAAUUGAAUUGGAUUGCUUUCAAUUACUUAUAAAUUGGAUAAACGAGACGAUACCAGGCACCUCUUUAAAUCGCUACAAGGAAAGUUUUGUAUUUAAAUUAAAUCAAAAAGAUAUUCGUCAAUCGAUCGUUGGUAGACCCGUCGCAGAUGCCGUUUAUACGAUUGAAAAUCAUCCUAAUAAUGGUCCUUGUUUUUAUGGUGCUUUGUAUAUUAAAGGAGGGAAUCAUGGGGAUUUCAAAAGGGACAUGCUUUGUUAUUGUGAUGGUGCGAAUUAUGGGGUUCAACUUAGAAAAACAAACAGUACAUUUAGUGUGGAUGAUUAUGAAGUUUAUCAAGUAAUCAAGGAAUGA